UAAACAACAUUGAAUUCAACGCACAACGAAAAGCAAUGGGUGACAUGAUGCGAUUAAGUAGCAGCGGUGGUGCGCUCGGUGGUGGUUUUCAUCGUGAUAAGCUCGGUUCACCGUCCACCGGCUCGGAGGACGGCGGUGGCAUUGAUCUGGCCGAUAUCGCUCAGGAACUCGAUCAGGAUGAGUUCGAUGGACCCGCAACGUUGAACGGUGCAUUCGACCGUCCGGCCAUUACUGCACCCCCGGAGAGUGAAUGGUACCAUGGGCGUCUCGAUCGAUACAGUGCCGAGCAGCGGCUGAAAUCAACCACCAAACUGGGCAGUUAUCUCGUUCGUGAGAGUGACCGCAAACCGGGCUCGUACGUGUUGAGCUACCUUGGUCGCACUGGUAUCAACCAUUUCCGCAUUACGGCCGUAUGCGGUGACUUUUACAUCGGUGGAAGGCAAUUUUUCUCGCUCAGUGAUCUGGUCGGCUAUUACACGUCGUGUAGCGAUUUGCUAAAGCGCGAACGGCUCGUACAACCCGUACCACCACCGGAACCGGUCAACGAUAAGAAGCGUGUCGUGGCGAUCCUACCGUACACCAAGAUGCCCGACACGGAUGAGCUAACGUUUCAGAAGGGUGAUAUUUUCUUCGUACACAACGAUAUGGGCGAUGGAUGGUUGUGGGUGACGGCACAUCGCACCGGUGAACAGGGUAUGAUCUUCCGUGAGUUGGUAGAGGAUCUCGAUCCAGCGAUCGAUCCGAACACGGUGUUUCCCUGGUUCCAUCCGACCUGCACCAAAAACGAAGCGGUCGAUAUGUUGGUAAAGGCCGGUCCGGGAAGCUUUCUGGUGCGUCCGAGCGAUAAUUCGCCGGGCGAUUAUUCGCUCUUCUUUCACAUCAACAAUCAGAUUCAGCGGUUCCGGAUCGAGAAGAAGGGUGUCCGGUAUCUGAUGGGUGGACGUACGUUCGAGUGUCUUGAUGCGGUUAUCAAUCGGUACCGGAAGGAGCAAAUCGUCGAGGGACAUACGCUGAUGCAUCCGGUCAUUAAUGGCAGCCAGCCGGAGUACCAUCCGCCAACGAAUUUGGCCAGCGCUGCGGAAAAGAUUUACGCGACGUUGCGUGAGUGUCGCGAUCAAAAUAUGCUGAAAAAGACGAAGGGCAUCAAGCAUCAUGGCUAUCUGCUGAAAAAGUCGGAUAAGACGGCCAAGUGGAAGCAACUGUUCUUUGCGCUGCUUGUUGAAGGUUCGGAAACGCAUCUCUGCUUCUACGACAGUCCGAAGAAAACGAAACCGAAGGGUUUGAUCGAUCUUUCGUGUGCUUAUUUGUAUCAGUGCCAUGAAUCGUUCUGGGAGCGGCAACACUGCUUCCAGAUAGUUGAACGGGCGCUUCCGUGUCUCGCUACCAUCACCUAUCUCUGUGCCAACAAUCAGGAGUGCUACGUCGAGUGGAUAUCGGCACUGAAGUCACACUGCGUGUCGCAGCUCAGCAAAGCGCAAUCCAAGGUACCGCGGCUGCGUGAACUGCGCUGUCUGAAUCUGCAGAUACUGGAAGCGCAUCGGUUGCCGUUCAAGCUGGUACCGCAUCCGUACUGUGUCGUCUCGCUCAACCAGGUGAAGGUGGGCAAAACGCGUGUCAAGACAGCACCGGAUCCGGUAUGGGAAGAGGAAUUCGUACUGGACGAUGUUCCACCGGAUGUAGUUACGGUAACGAUAACCGUACUAAGUCGUGGCAAGCGUGGCAAAGAUUCCGAAGUAGCCGAACUGACGGUCGAUCUGUGCAGUCUGAAGAAUGGGCAGGAAACGGAAGAAUGGUUCCCGCUCAACGGCAUGACGCCGAUGGGCGAAUGGGGUUCGAUCCGGUUGCGCAUUCGCUAUCUGGACGAUCUCGUAAUGCCGUGCGAAGAAUACAGUCCACUGCAGCAGCUGCUCGUCGAAUCGGAACUGAACGCCGUACGGGCACUGUCCGAGAUAUGUCACAAUGAUCGUAUCCCACUUGCCACCUCACUGCUCAAAGUGUUCCGGCACGAGAAGCGUGAAACGGAGCUGCUACGAAUCCUUUGUCAGGCGGAAGUGGCCCGCGAAAACGAAACCUCCACCCUGUUCCGUGGAGCAUCGCUUGCAACGACCCUGAUGGAUCUGUACAUGCGUGCCGAAUGCACGCUAUUUCUACAAUCAGCCGUAUCCGAUACGGUACAGCGAAUACUCGAUAGCAAACAAUCAGCCGAACUGAAUCCAACCAAGAUGGACGUCAACGAUGAUGCGUGCUCGAAUGCGGAGUUUUUGCUGAUGAUUCUCGAUCAGGUGACGCAAUCGAUCUUCACCUCACCUGAUGCGUGCCCGCGGACGGUGCGCUACAUCUGCAACUGUCUGCAGAAGUCGGUCGUGGCCAAGUGGCCGUCACCGAACGAGCGUCUGGUGCGGACCCGCGUCGUGUCCGGGUUCAUCUUUCUGCGGCUGCUCUGUCCCGCCCUGCUCAAUCCUCGUCAAUUCGGUCUAGUCAAUGAAACGCCACACCAAAUGGCGACCAGGUCACUGAUCAUGGUUGCGAAAUGUUUACAAAAUUUGGCCAAUCUGGUUGAAUUCGGUGGCAAGGAACCGUAUAUGGAAGUGGUUAAUCCGUUUAUCUUAAAGAAUAAGGAACGGAUGAUCGUUUUUCUCGAUCAGUUGUCCUCUGUGACGGAUCCUAAUCCACCGCCUGGCUGUAUGCAGGAGCCAAACAAUUCAUCCACGCUUUCCAGUUCUGAUGCAGGCCGUGAACUCGCCACACUGCACCACAUCUGUGUGUCGUAUCUACCGGAGCUGCAGGCCAUGAGCAAGACGAACAAUGCGCUCAAGAAGCUCGUCACCGUGACGGAGAUGCUCUCGAAACACAAGCUUAAGUAUCGCGAAAUGAUCAGCUAAUCAG